GCUAAAGAGGCUGCUGUGGGAGCCAUCGGUCGCAUGGUCACUUCGACUCCAUUUCUUGAAGACCAAUCAACGCCAACGUCUUGGAAUCCCAUAACACCAUGCUGGACUCCAGGGUCAGAGGAGGCCUCUUUUACUUCACCCGUGGUAACCGAUGCAGUCGGCAGGUAUAACGAGGCGAUGGAUACAAUUGCGAGUCUUAUUACACAAGAAAAAGUAGAACGCGAGCCCCUUAAAUAUCAGCUUAAAACUUCAUUCCAAAACUUAAGCGAUGGGGAACAGUUGAAAGUUGUAAAAAAGGCUAAAGAGGACUGCUUGCACGUAUGUAGUGUAAUUGCCCCGUCGAGGUAACGGGGGAGGAGCUCUUCGAGUCAAUGAUGUCUGUACAAAGAGAAAUAUUUGAUGGCUCAGCUCCCGAUGAUCUUGUGGUGCUGAAGACUGCUUAUAAGAACGCGAAGACCAAGAAUUUAAAGAAACAGAUUCUGAGCCUUUACGCUAAAAGAUACCCUAUGACCAAGGUGAAGAAAAUUUACAAACCUUACGGAAGUCUCUCUACAUGGGAAAUAAAGCAUGCACGUUCUCAUGCUAAAAUGCACGGCCCUGGGAUCAUCCCUGAAAUCAAGACGAAGCAUCGCGUACGCCUUGAUAUGGGGAAGGUCGACCACUUUGUAGAAUUCAUUAAUGGACCGUAUUUUUAUCAGGAUGUUUCAUAUGGUAACAAGGUACUCACCCUAGAUAAUGGUGACAGAAUUGAGAUGCCUAACGUUGUAAGGAUCCUGACCAGGUCUACAAUGAUUGAGCAAUACUUGGAUUAUUGCAAAGAGCAAUGUCACGAGCCACUUAGUAGGUCUACGCUGUUCAAAAUAUUAGAAAUUCGAGAAGCGUCUCAGAGUAAAUCGCUCUAGGGCUUAAACAAUACAGCUGCAAAUGGUGCUGAGGGCUUUCAGACUAUCGAGACGCUGGUUGAAACUCUUGAGAAAAGAGGAAUGGAAAAACAGUGGUGUCUACGUAUUUGCCAAAACCUACGCGAUGCUAAACGCUAUCUCAAAACUGACUACUGUGUGCACUGUCAACAGUCUCACUCUACUUGCUGUAGAAAGUUUGCGCUUAGUGAUCCUGUUAAUCUCGAGCUCCAGCAUCCUUGUCCGCAUCAGCAUCAAUCGACUUGCGAGCAAUGCCAAGGGCUGAAGAAUGUUCUAAAGGAAGUGAGACUAGCGAUUGAAGAGUCAUCAUGGAAGCCUUAUAGUUCCGAAAAACAAGAAGAUUUCCUUUACGACUUUGACCGUGCACAUUCAGACAUCAUGCUGUGGAAAGCGCACAUUGUGUGCUCAAUAAAUCAAGAGGAGGCGAAACAAGAUGCACUGAAAUCAGAAGACCCACAGGCAGCCAUUCUGAUCAUGGACUGGGCCAUGAAGUUCCUCCAAAUAAAAUUUCGUGAGAAACAGUCUAAAUGGUUCGGCAAACGGGGGCUCAGCUGGCAUAUUUCCACCUGUAUAACUAAGAAUGUUGACUCUGGAAAAAUUGAGCUGAAAUCGUAUGCUCAUAUCUUCGACUCUUGCCAGCAAGACUGGUACGCAGUAUGCUCGAUCAUCGAAGACACACUUGAGGUUGUCAAGAAAGAACAUCCCCAGAUUACCCAAGUGAACCUAAGGAGUGACGAAGCAGGGUGUUACCACAAUACCUUUCUCUUAGCCGCCGUUAGAGAUGCCGGAAGACUAGUAGGCAUUGAACUAGCACGGUAUGACUUUUCCGAGCCGCAGUAUGGAAAAGAUAUCUGUGUUAGAAUCCUUUGCCCAAUGAAAGCAUCCAUCCGACGAUAUUGCAAUGAGGGACACGAUGUCGUUUCUGCGAAAGACAUGCGUGUAGCGCUCUCAGAACGCCCUGUUCAAGGUACAACUGCCUCCGUGUGUGCAAUGACUGAGACUCAAAAGACACUCGAAGUACAUAAGAUGGAAGGUUUCAGCAAGUAUCACAAUUUCAAGUUUGAAGUGGAAGGAAUUAGAGCAUGGAGAGCCUAUGGUGUUGGACUAGGCAGGUUUAUUCCUUACCGAGAGGUCAUAACUGAACCUCAAGGUCCUACUGAUCUCAUUGUGCAUGAGAACUUCUUUACUCUUAAAGAAGCU